AUGUCCUCCUCUCUCAAGAUAAAGAUACCCGCACGGUCUGAUCCAAUGCGUUCUUCGGCGGAGGUGACACCGACUAUCAGCACGACGCGCCGUAAACCCACUAAGCGCGCCGUCGUGGAAUCAGAGGACGAAGACGACUACGGAGACGAUCUUCCCCGCUCUGCAUCUUCUCGACAUGUUUCCCAACCUCCUACGAAACGACCUCGCAGGGCAUCUGUCGCCGACCUCGACGCGGAGGAUAUGGACGUCGAUGUCGAGACGGAGUUCGCCAGCACCGCAGUGGACGAUGCUCGUCUCGACCCCAUCCGGGCCUCAUCAUCCUCACAAAGGAAGGAGAAAGAGAAAGAGAAGAAUAAGGUCGUCGUACCCGCCACACAGUCCAGGAGGGAAUCUAUGCCUCGAAGAAAGGCGAAGCGGCACGUCGUUCUCUCGGACGAUGACGACGGUGCGAAGGAGGAACAGAGCGACGAAGAUUAUAUCGGUGAUGAUGGACCGCCGAGGGAGAGGAGAGUGGCACGGGAAGCGUACGUCGAGCCAGGGGACGACGAUUUCGAGCCUGAGCCUAGGCGGAAUGCCGCUACGAAGACGAAGGUACCGAAGGGAGGUGUUUUGAAGGGCAAAGGACGGGCUGCUGCUGCUGCGAAGGAGAAGGAUAAAGUGGAUAGACCUAUUAAGAUCAAGGAUGAGAGGCGGAUGGGCGCUUCUGGGGCGAAGGCGAAGGACGGUGAACAGAACGGUGCGAGCAGCGAACUCAAGAAACGGACAAGGCCAGACGAUACCACUCCACCCGAAACUACCGUCGACGUCGAUUCUUUGCCGUCUGGUCCAAGCGAAGGAUCUCUGGCUCCUGCUCCUGAACCGCCCACGAAGGAGUCCGCACCGUUGCCGUCGUUCAAAAAGAAACAGAAGUUCCCGACUAUCAAGAAGAAUAAGCCUGCUUUGGGAGGUUCUGUUGGGGAUGCGCCGAGUCAGGCAGCGAAGGGGAGGAGUGAUGUGGGUGCUGACGGGAAAGCGGAUGAUGGCGUAUUGACGAAGAAGCAGCCUAAGGCUCCGGCGAAGGUCGAGGUCGAUCUUAUGAACAAGUCGGUCUAUGAUUCUUUGUUCAAAGGGGUUGGUGGAUCGACACCGCGGUCAGGAGUCAGUCAUAAGGACAAAGAGGACCGACGGAAACAACUCGACAAGAUGCGAGAGGAUGAUCGUGCUCGUCGAGCAGCACUAUCGGGUCCAGCCUUCGACCUACGCGCUCAACACGACAAGAUCCUGAAUUUCGAAGAACAAAUGAUCGCACGAAAGGGCAGGGCGCUGUGGCCCAACGUCCUAGCUGUGGCGUUUCGAGCAGAUUGGGAGAUGGAGAAGCAUCGUCAGAAGCAGAUGGAGGAUCGAGCGAAGGCCGAGCGGGAGCGGGAGAAUGGGGAGGUCGUGGAGUGAUGCUUUCCUGCCAUGUCACCUUUUGGCCAGCGCUCUCAUGUUUCGCUGCCGUCGUUAUACAUAUAUGUCGC